CAGCGCACCAAUGUUUUCUUCUGGACAAACCAGGCGAUGCAGGCAGCAGGAAAACGUGACCGGUGGGAUUCAAGCUCGGAAGAUGACGAAGACAAGCCUGCAAAAUCGAAACGAAUAUCCAAAGAGAAGAAACCAUUGCCGACGACAGUGACGGAUGAUCGAGCCACAACCUUGCCGUUCCACAAUCCGCUCUUGCAAGGAUGCCGAUCCGUUUACGAAACCUACGACCGAAUUUCGCGUGUCAGCGAAGGCACUUAUGGUAUCGUUUGGAAGGCCAAAGAUUUGGCUACUGAUCAGAUUGUUGCGCUGAAACAAAUCAAGUUUGAGUCGGUGGCCGAUCAGCAAGAAGGAUUUCCUGUUACAGCGCUCCGAGAAAUCAAUGUGCUGCUAGCACUUUCUCACGAAUCCAUUGUAAACGUGAAGGAAAUGGUCGUUGGCGAUGGAGUCGACAAGGUCUUUAUGGUGAUGGAAUUUUUCGAAAUGGACUUGAAAGACGGGAUUUCUCGAUUCGACGGAGCCCUCGCUCAAUCGGAACUCAAAAAUAUCAUGCAACAGAUUUUGGCGGGUACCCAUCACAUGCACAGUAAGUGGUAUUUGCACCGCGAUUUGAAAACUAGCAAUAUCCUGGUUCAUCGAUCGGGUCGAAUUGCGUUAGCCGACUUUGGACUGGCACGACGCUUUCAGGAACCUCGUCAGGCCUUGACACAGCUGGUGGUCACACUGUGGUACCGCGCACCGGAAUUGUUGUUUGGCGAGAGUUGUUACGGUCCAGCCGUGGACAUGUGGAGUGUUGGUUGCAUAUUUGGCGAACUCAUCAGUAAAGAUGCUGUUCUACAAGGUCAAGGAGAGCUGGACCAGAUUGAUCAAAUAUUUUCGUUGGUAGGAGUGCCCAACGAAACAAACUGGCCUCUAUUCGAAAGCCUUCCUAACGCGGGUUUGUUUCGCUGGAAACCCAAAAAAGCGCAGGAGUUAUUGCUGCCAAAGAAGUUCCCGAUUGCUUCGCCCGUAUCGGCCAAUCAAGCGUUUUUGGACGGCAACGGUUACAACCUCCUGUCUCGACUACUGACUCUGGAUCCGGACCAGCGUGUAAGUGCGCUCGAAGCAUUGGAGCAUCCUUAUUUUUCACAGGGUGUUAAACCCCAGACGCCUCGAUUCUUUUCCACCAGCUCAUAG